GUAUUUUCAUCGUUUUAAAAAAUUACAAUUUCUUGAAAUCGUGAAAGAAAAUAGUGAAUGGUAAUUUUUCUACUUUUUUAUGUGAGUCUAUAAUAAAAAUUUAAAAUAUGUCCUUUGUAGAUUCAGAUAAGUGAUGUGUAUGCUGAAAAUUUCAUCGAGAUCGGUCAACGCAUUUAAAAGUUAUAUAAGUAAUUAAAAUUAAAUAUGAAAUUAAAUAAAUAAAUAAAUAAAUAAAAUUUCCGAAAAUCGCGACUUUUCAUCUAAGAACGUGGCUAGUUCCGUUCUUGUCUCUCACUGUAUUCUAAAUUUCUUAAAUGAUCAAAAAUUUUUCUCGAUAUGGUUUGUAAUAAAUGGUGUCUACAUAACGUUGCUGUGAGAAUUAUCCCAAAGUCAAGGUCUUUUGAACAAAGUUGUCUACCAGAAUCUACCUGAUUGUCGGUAUGCGUUUGUGAAUUCGUGAGAGCAGUCUGACCAUAGGGUUUCACACGAUCGACCGCUGGCCAUAAAAGGGACUGAUGCAUUCAUUGAUCCUAAGGGACGAAGGUUACUCAACUCUUCCCUUUAUUCAAAAAGGACUAACCAUAAGCCGCCGUCUAUUACAGGUCCGUCUAUACAAAUCCUUCGUUCUAAGAAGAAGAAUAAAAAAAAACAAGAUUAUAUAGUACCCGCUAGGAAUUCAAACUAGGAACUAAUUAUUAUAUUUUUAAUUUCAUUCUAUAAUCAAUGAAUUACCAUAUUUUUUCAAUACCAGCCAUUUUAUUCGAUGUGAUGUAAAAUUAAUAGCAUCAACAAUGUUUUAUUCCGAUAAAAAUCUUUCAUCAGCAAGAUUCAUAAAGCCUAUGGAAAUAGGAAAAUUACACAGUGGAGCAGUGAAACUAUACAAUAAUGUUAUUGUAAGAACAGAAUUAUGUCAAUAAUUGCUUUUAACAUUGGAGUCACGUGAAUUGCAUUAUUCAUCCACGUUAAAUAAAGCAUUUGGCGAGAAUUAUUCUCGCAAUAAGAGCUAUGGAAUUUCUUGAUUACGACCGGGACAAGAAGCACGCGCCCCGUCUGGAAUGCAAUAUGUGCCCUCUGGUAUUCAAUCAUCAAGAUAUUUUCUCGAGGCUUCGGAAUUUUUUUACCUACAGAGAAAAUCUGUAUGACGAUGAAUUUAUAUCAUGACAUUAAAGAAAUGCAUAUAAAGAAUCCUAUAAAAAUUAAAAGAAAAGACUGUAGCUAAUUAAUCAUAAGUACAUUGCUGCUGCAAUUAAAUUUUUAAGAUACUGCAUUCAUUUUCUAUACAACUACAUAUUGAUGUCAAGUGAUUCUGUUAAUAAAUGACCUUACCUACUUACUUGAGUUUUUAAAUAAUUUCAUAACUCCCUUUAACAUGAUUUCCCGCUUAUUGGGAAUUGAUGACUUCGAUAAUCUAGUCUUGAGUAAACGAGGAUAAUACAAUUGUGGGAAGAUGGAUUUUACGAAAUGGAUUCUGUGUAUCUUGGCACAAUCACCAAAGCAAAGAAGAGACAACAGAAGAAAGUAAUGUUCAUACUGUUCCCCUUGGUUCAGGAGCCACUUUUCAUUGGAGGGUUGAUUUUAUGAGCGAAAUGGUAAUCGCUGAAGUCCAUUACAAGGGCUCUGACAAUACCUGGUUUGCCAUUGGUUUCUCAAGUUAUGGAGAAUUAAAACCGGCUGAUUAUUGUGUCCUGUGGGUCGAUUGGCAUCGUCAAAUUCAGUUACAGGAUGCGUGGGCAGAUGAAGAAGGAAAAUUGUACUUAGACUCACAACAGGAUUGCGAGGACUUUGCAUGGAGAAGAAGAGGAAAUAUAACAAAGUUCACCUUUUCUAGAAAAUUUGAUACUUGUGAUGAAAAUGACUACAUCAUGGAGAGAGGUACCACACAUUUGGUAUGGCUGAAAGGUAUGGGGCCAUUAUCUUCUUUAGCUGGAUUGCAAGUAUCAGAUGCAGAAGCUUCUGGUAUGUCCAGAACCGAAUUGAUCCGAGUACACAAUAAGAAGCCAACAUUUCCAUCAAAUGCAUGGCAUUUUGAAAUACUAGCUGAUCAUGUAAAAGUACCAAAUAAAGAGACAACUUAUUGGUGCCGUGUUCAGAAAUUGCCAGCUGUUUUGGCUCAAAAGCAUCAUAUUCUUCAGUUUGGACCAGUUAUUCAAUCAGGCAAUGAACAUCUAGUUCAUCAUAUGGAAGUGUUCCACUGUGCUGGACCUGUAAAUCUUGAAAUCCCUUUGUAUAAUGGUCCCUGUGAUGGCAGUGACAGACCAGAGAAAACUCAAAUAUGUAAGAAAGUUCUAGCAGCAUGGGCAAUGGGAGCAGACGCUUUCGUUUAUCCAGAGGAAGCUGGUCUCUCAAUUGGUGGUCAUGAUUUUAAUUUCUACGUUAUGCUGGAGGUCCAUUACAACAAUCCGGAGCUUCAGGAUGGGCAUACAGAUUCCUCAGGGAUCCGUUUUAUCCUUACAAACAGUCUAAGAAAAUACGACGCUGGUGUGAUUGAACUGGGAUUAGAGUAUACAGAUAAAAUGGCAAUACCACCGCAACAAGAAGCUUUUACUUUAUCAGGGCAUUGUAUACAGGAGUGUACAGGUGUUGGUCUUCCUCAACAGGGUAUCCAUAUCUUUGGUUCUCAACUCCACACACACUUAACAGGAGUAAAAGUUAUAACUCGUCACAUCAGGGAUGGAGAAGAGUUGCCUCCUUUGAAUUACGAUAAUCAUUAUUCCACACAUUUUCAGGAAAUUCGACUAUUACCUAAACCUGUCACUAUCCUUCCUGGUGAUUCGUUGAUAACAACUUGUACAUACAAUACAAUGGAUAGAAAGAAUAUUACCCUUGGUGGAUUUGCCAUAUCUGAUGAAAUGUGUGUAAAUUAUAUACAUUACUAUCCGAAUGCCCGGUUGGAGGUUUGCAAAAGUGCAAUAAGCGAUGAUGCUUUGAGAACGUAUUUCCGGUACAUGAAGGAGUGGGAAAGUCAGCCGACCAGUGUUGAUGAAGGAAUUUCCUCAAAUUAUAAAAGCAUCGAGUGGACCAAAGUUCGUGUCCAAGCACUUCAUGAUCUCUAUGAGGCUGCUCCAUUAGGAAUGCAAUGCAAUGGCUCGGAUGGAUCACGACUUCCUGGACUAUGGGACAACAUAGCAGCAACACCCAUUAAACUACCCAUGGCUCCACCAGCUCGAAAUUGUCCAAAUUCUUUCUCGAAGCAAGAAAUAAAUUCCAUGUGAAUUCUUAAGCCAAGGUAUAAAUCUUCAGCAUUAUAUUUAAUAUCUGAAAAUUAAAGAAUGAUAAAACAAAAAUUAUGAAAAUGUAAUAUACUAGAUUACCAUUAGUUUCCAUUAAAUUUAACAAAUAUUGUUAGCAAACACCUUUAUAAUUUAUCUGUUCUUUAUUUCCAGUAUAUUCUUUCAAGAUUGUACCAUUUAUAUUUUCAUCAUGCUUAAAAGAAUAUAGUUCUGUAAAAUAAAACAACAAUUCUAAUUACAAUACAAUGUGCUUGAAGGUAAAAUACUUUGCAUUAAAGUAGAAGAAAAAGAGAAAAAAAAAAAAGAAAACUGAAAGACUUAAAAUAUACCUCGGGACGACGAUAAAUACUUUCGAUGUAAAAGUUUAUAAACCUCCAGUAUAUUUAUGCACUUUAAGGGUUUCUUUUUUUUUUUUUGGCAGUACAUCGUCUUGCUGCGUGUAAGCUAUGUUUAGUCGAACAUCUGUUAACAAAUACUUGCUCUAUGAAAAUCGUUAACUGUGUAAUACAGAAUAAUAAAAA